AUGCAGUAUGAAACACCGAUAUUAUUACCGCGAAAGAGACAGUUGUCACGAAAGAAAAUUGCGCCCUCUGUGGAAUGUUUCCUUGUUACAAUGCUGUUUGUGAUUGCUGUUCAGGGUACCUAUCUUGCAUACGUUGUCGGCAUAUUAACAAACCUAGAACGACGAUUUGGUAUAUCGAGCAAGAAAUCCGGUUCCUUGUUAUCAUUCUAUGAUAUUGGCCAUACUGUUUCUGUGGUACUGAUUGGCUUUCUGGCCAAUGAUAAGCAUUUACCCAGGAUUACGGCAACAGGAGUAUUACUUAGUGCUGUAUCAAUGUUUGUACUUGCCUUACCGAUGGUACUAUUUGGAGCCGAAUCAUCCGAUGAAGCAUCGCUAUCACAUGAACACGAAUACAUUCUCAGAAAUAUUUGUGAUCCAGCUCGAGUUAUUAACAGCGCAGAGAAAAAUUGCGAACUUCAAGAGAAAGAGCAUUUUUGGGCCUUUUGUAUCUUGAUCAUUGGCCAAAUCCUAGCUGGUAUUGCUGCUGCACCUUUCAAUACGGUGGCUUAUGUUUACGUGGACAAUAAUCUGGAAGAUAAGACAAAAUCACCGUUUUACUUGAGCUUAUUAUCCAGCAUGUAUGCAUUUGCGCCAGCUUUUGGAUUCGCAUUAAGUGCAGUCAUCACAAGGUUAUAUUCGACUAUUUUUGACGUGCCUUCAAAUGUGUCAGUUAAUAACGAUGAAUGGAUUGGAGCCUGGUGGCUUGGUUUCGUCAUCUUUGGUUUAUUUUACUUAGCUGCUAUUGUUCCACUACUUUUCUUCCCAAAAAAUCUGUUAAAGCACGAUUCAAGUUCGUUCGAAAUGCAGCAACUGAGAAAUAAAUGCUCACACGAUCAUGAUGACCACCAGCUGUCUCUUUUCGGAUAUGACGAACGACUGAAAGAAACAUUCUGCGGGCAGCUUAAAGCGGCUGUAAUAGAAUUUCCGGGACUGGUAAAGAAUCGAGUAUUCAUCUCGAUGAUAAUUGGAUGGAUGUUUGGCUCAUACCUUACUAGUGGUUAUUGCACUUAUUUACCGAAAUACAUCGAAACACAAUUCGGUCAUAGUGCAUCGGUUGCCGACACUUAUGCUGGCAUAGUAUCAAUUGGCAGUAUAGCGGUUAGCACAGCACUAGGUGGUUAUUUGCUGACGAAGUUCAAUCCAUCACCUCGAAAAGCGCUGCUUUUUUUGAUUGCUACUUGGUUCAUCAUUGUAAUCACUUAUUUGGUCGGUGCUAUAGUUGGCUGCAACGAGCCACAAGUGAAACAACUCCUUAUUGCUGCUGUUAAUCAAGAAAAAUUCAUCGAUAAGUUAGAAUGUAGUUUUGAGUGUCAGUGUACUCAAGUUGAUUUCUUUAAUCCAUGGGACUUAUGCUUAUGUGCUGAUAAUGGUCCGGUUGAAACCGGUUUAUACACGGAUGAAUGUAAUGCAAUAUUCAUUUAUAUUGCCAGCAUGUUUAUGGGCUUAUUUCUUGGCAAUUUAUUUUUUAUGACAACAAUGAUGAUUGUAUUAAGAUCUGUGUAUGAUGACGAGAAAGUUCUGGCACUUAGUUUUGCAUCCUGCACCACAAACAUUAUGGGAUUUAUUCCGGGUCCAAUAAUCUUUGGCUGGAUUAUUGAUGAAGAUUGUUUGCUGUGGCAUAGCAAAUGUCCCCAUGAUCAUGGCAACUGUGUCAUCUAUGACAAUAAAGCAUUUCGACAAAGUUUCCAUUUAACGAGUGCUGGCUUUCAGUUUUUGGCUGUCAUUUCAGUUGUAAUUUGCUAUAUAUUUAGCCGUAAAUUCACAUUUCCAGAAGAGGAACGAAAAGAAGAGAUGUAUGAUGAAUAUGUUGAAAAACAAGCGGAUGGAUCAUAUGUUGUAUAA